AUGGCUAGCCCCUCCCGAUGCUUAAUACAGCGCCCGCUGUCAGCUCUUUCCUCAGUGGUUAAUGGUAAGUUUUCUGUCUGGAAAGGAGUGAACUGCGUCCCUCAGAUCUGGCCGAGUUCACGACCCCUACGGCCAGUAGUGUUAACUCGGAAGUCUGCAAGUAAGGUUAGUUGUUUUACUUCACCCACUCCUAUAUCGUUUCCUACUAUUAGAAUAAUGAAAAAUACUUGCCUGAUCGUUAAAAAUAUGUUAAUAUGGAAUCCUCUUGUCUGGUGAAGGCUUGUCUAUUUUCUGCUCACAGAAAAUUUGGUGAAAUCUAUCAUUUCCUUGUUUAUCGCUAUUCACAGCCUUGCAUAUUUCGUUUGUCUAGAACUGGAGGUUUGUACCUGCGGCAUGCUUUAAGCACGUUGAGGGAGGAGAAGAAGAAGAUGGUUCCCCUUCCAAUGCCAACGGCUUUGACUUCGUGGAAGAUGAGGAAGUAAAGGGCAAUACACACUGGAUUUCAAAUUUUCAAAAGGUGUUCUUUUAUAAGCUCACUUUUACUCGCGUUAUUUCGUUAUUAUUUAUUUAUUUAUUAUUGUGUUGUUAUAGCGAUAAACAUGCCUAUCUUUCGUGGCCAUUCUUUCAUUUUUUUUAAUCGUUUCUCAUGCUCAGUAUUAUAUACAAUUCUUUGUUUAUAACAUUGUGUCUGUCUUCUUGUCAAGGGAAUAAAAUAGACAUGUUGGUUCCAAAAAACCGAUGGACAUUUCCGGCGACCAGAAAUGUUCAUGAUAUGCAGUCAUCGUUGAUGACUAGGAAAUAGAUAUCUCCGCACGCACGAAGUGUGUUAAUGGAAUAACUUUCCGGGCUGGGAAUCUCACAUGUGAAUGAGAACAUAUUAAAUUGGAAACGCACUUAUCAACUUUGACUCGUUUUUUAAACAUGAUGUGUUUGAGGAUGGGCGACCUUAGUUUAUUUUGUCAAUGCCGAAGAGGUUGAACUCCCUAAUCAACAAAUGCACAUCUAGACUUAAAUAUCAGAAAGCGCAAUAAUGUGGUCUACACUGUCCUUGGCCUGGUUUGAAUUCAGUCUCUGGUGUGAAGCCUCUCCUCUCUCGCUGCCUCGAGCUGCCAACCAAUUUCCCUAUUCUAACUUCUCGUUUUUCUUUUUUCUUGUUAUCUCUUUCUUCUUAUUCAUUUCCUUCUCUCCAUUAUUAUUUCUUCUUCUCCCCUUCCUAUCGUAUGUUCUUUCUUUCCUUUCCCAGGCCUAACUUUUUAGAGAUAGCUCUCUCAUGUUCUUCUGGCUUCCAUGUGUGCCUUCCACACUGCAAGAUUUGAUUACGGGCCGAUUGUCAUGUUGUUGCAAUGGAAUAUAUCAUAGAAGAACUGACCUUCAGUGGAAUUGAUUGUACGACCUUACUGUCAGUAAUCUUUCAAAUCAGUUGCAUCUGCCGGACGACUUUAUGAAGAGUCAUCAGUUCUGGUAUAUAAUGUAAGGUUUCAGACUCACCUCAGAUGCCCUGUAGCCAAUCUUCGUUACCGAGUACACCAUCAAUCCUCUAGCAGGUGGCUAUAAGCUCCAGAGCAUCUGGUUUCAUUGACACCUGGCUGAGGUUAUUCUAGUGCAGCUUCAUGCCUAUUUCCGUUCAAAUAUCUUCAGAACUAGAACCUUGCAGUCUGUAGGAAAGAAAUGAUUACUGGUCGAGAGGUGAUGUCUUUAUCCUCUGCCUACCCAUUUUCAGCUCUCACCCAAUCACUCCUGCUCUUCUUAUCCCCACUCCAACCUUGCACCACUUGCCUGUUCUAACGUGGCAUCGAUCCCAAGCCCUAAGAUUAUGAUAUUCUGUACCGUAAUGAGCCAUAUAGCCAUCCGAAAUUUGUUAGUUUGGCCUUUUUUCAAUCAACACAAAAGUGAGAAGAACAGUCUGCACCAUAACAAGUGCAAUGCAAAUAGGAGGUCGCCGGAACCCAUACCAACAAGUGCGAUAUAAUUAGGAAACUCGUUUGACAUAAGGGUUUUGUACGAAGAAACCAUGAUGGAGAAUGGAGAAACGACUGUAGAUGGUUUUCUGAUAAAUAAAAGGAAAAUUUAUUCUAUUUUUGUUGAUAUUUCCUUUGAGAGAAACAGAGAAGGGAAUGAUACCCCCUUUCCUCUCUGUAGUUGCUGCGUAAAUCAUGUACGAUCUAUUUUACCUUGAUGUUUCUGCAUUUUUUUCCUGUUAGGUUUUAAGGCCCUAACUGAAAGAGCUUACUAGUGUGAUUUAUCUAUCUUUCAGGUAUUUGUUAGAUUCUUUAGGUCCCCUGGGGAGACUUGGACGGUACCAUGGACGGCUGAAACCAUUAUCCAGGUGACUUUCAGAGUUUCAAGUUGGCUCACAAUAUACAUACAUAUACCUGCUAGGAUUACAGAGAACUAGAAAACAUCUCUUAAUGACUAUAGGUGAGAUUGGAACUGAAGAGCACUUGACGGCAUCUCGUAAUGACUGAACCCAAUCUGUGUUAUUCUGGAUUAUGGACGAUAAUCCCACUAGCAAUCUAGGGAACUAAACAGUGAAUCUUACUUUCGCGUUGUGUUGCUAUGCUUUCUACUUGACAUGAUGCCUUCGUCACUUAUUUUUCUCUUUCCGUUUUCACUCCCUAGCUAGAAUCACAAGGCUUUCAGGAAGUUUCAAUUCUCUGUCCCCAUUAUCAGCAGAAAGUAACAUAAAAAUAAUCCGCCGAUGCAGAUUGUGCUACUUUGGAUUGCAACGUUCUGGUUUGUGGGUUCCUGGAUCGUCCCUUUCUUGGCCCAUGCAGCUGGCUUCAGCAAGGAAUCUCUAACAUACAGAGGCCAGGCAUUGUACAGCCUUCUUACGGACGUCGUCGAAGGCCUUGCAGGCAUCGCUAUUCUCCACCGCUGCCUUGCAAGGUUCUUCCCUCUGCCGCCCGGCUGGUUCCGCUUCAGUCUCAAGGGAAAUUGGCAGCUGGACGUUGUUCUGGGGUGCGUCAUGUUCCCGCUGGUCAAUCUACUGUCGCAACUCAACAUGGACCUGGUUCCCAUGGUAUCGUCCUCACCGGUCGGCGUCUCCAGCGUGGAGCAGUCGAUAUUGGCCCGCGAUCCUGUGGCUAUGGCUCUGUACGCCGUGGUCGUCUCCGUCUGCGCCCCAGUGUGGGAGGAGAUAGUGUUCAGGGGCUUCCUCCUCCCCUCCCUGACCAGGUACAUGUCCUUGCGCUGGUCCAUCCUCCUAAGCGCGGUGGCAUUUGCCCUGGCGCAUUUCAACGUGCAGAGGCUGCUCCCCCUCGUGUUCCUCGGUGUUGUCAUGGGCGCCGUCUUCGCAAGAACAAGAAACCUCCUGCCCUCGAUGCUGUUGCACAGUCUGUGGAACGGGUUCGUCUUCUUGGACCUAAUGAGAUGA